AAACCAUAAAACCACAACAGAAUUAAUUCUGCCGGAAGCUACUAGGCAACACCAGGGUCGGUUCUGCCCCCUAAGAAAGUCUUGUGAUAAAAGGCACACCAGGACGGAUAGGGUGCGACUGGAGAAGUUAAGGUGUUCAUUGUCAACAUCUGAAUAAAACAAUCAAGACUUAAUACGAUUAAGAUGCCAAAAUGCCUUCUCAAGAAAUCAAAGCUUCAUAAACAACAGAAACAAAAAUGCGUAAAGCCUGACCACUAUCCCUCAAAUGAAGUUACUUGCUGUUCAUUUGGCAGUCAAAAGGUCAGCUGUUAGGAGCCUCGUGGAAGUUGAUUAGAAAGGAGCCAGCGGUGCGCGUUCCUGGCGCUGCAUCACGUCCUUCCUGGGCCCAUCAGGGAACCUCCCAACCCUUCUUGAGACCGGCUCUGCUCAUACAGGUCAACCUGGCGGCAGAAACCUUGGGCAAAAGUUAGCGGCUCCGGCUACCGCAGGCAGCAGGUCCCGGCGCGGCUGGUCAUUUCCUUCCCACCGCAAUCCCGGGUGGUGGACCGGGUGCAAAGGCUCGACAGCUGCAGAGGAGCGCCGGAGGCCAGGCAUCUCCAGGAGGUUCUUGUUUCCUUUCCGAGAACUGUCUUACAGUAAGAAGUGGUUCGAUCAUUGGGAUUGCUGUCUCCUCCCUGCUGUUGCAAGUGCCUGGCAUUCACUCAGACUCAAUAGCUCUAGAGGAGCCUGAGGAUGUUUUGUAGAGUGGCAUAGUCCUGCACUGCCUCAGGUGAAGUCUCAGGGGCUGGUUUUAUGCUACAGGAGGGACCAUGGCAACCUCCAGAGCAGCCUCACGGUCUCCUCGGGACAUUGCCAACGUGAUGCAGAGGCUGCAAGAUGAGCAAGAAAUUGUACAAAAACGCACUUUCACAAAAUGGAUCAACUCUCAUCUGGUCAAGCGGAAACCCCCAAUGGUGGUGGAUGAUCUUUUUGAAGACAUGAAAGAUGGUGUUAAGCUGCUUGCUCUCCUGGAGGUCCUGUCUGGGCAGAAACUGCCUUGUGAACAAGGACGUCGUAUGAAGAGGAUCCAUGCUGUGGCUAACAUUGGCACGGCACUCAAGUUCCUUGAAGGAAGAAAGAUUAAAUUAGUCAACAUUAACUCCACUGAUAUAGCUGAUGGCCGACCAUCAAUCGUUCUUGGACUGAUGUGGACCAUUAUUCUGUAUUUCCAGAUUGAAGAGUUGACCAGUAACCUGCCCCAGCUACAGUCUUUGUCCAGCAGUGCAUCCUCGGUGGACAGCAUGGUCAGCUCUGAGACUGCCAGCCCCCCAAGCAAGCGGAAGGUGGCCACAAAGAUCCAGGGGAAUGCCAAGAAGGCUUUAUUAAAGUGGGUCCAGUACACUGCAGGGAAGCAAGCUGGGAUAGAAGUGAAAGACUUUGGCCGAAGCUGGAGAAGUGGGAUUGCCUUUCAUUCAGUUAUCCAUGCGAUUCGACCAGAACUCAUAGACUUGGAGAAAGUGAAGGGCAGAUCUAACAGAGAGAACCUGGAGGAUGCUUUUACGAUUGCUGAAGUGGAACUGGGGAUCCCAAGACUGCUGGAUCCCGAAGAUGUUGAUGUGGAUAAACCAGAUGAAAAGUCCAUUAUGACCUAUGUAGCCCAGUUUCUGAAACACUAUCCUGACAUCCACAACCCAAGCUCAGAUGGGCAAGAGGAUGAUAGAGAAGACAGACUCAUAUUGAAGGAAAUGAAAAUUUGGAUAGACCAAUUUGAAAGAGAUUUGACAAGGGCACAGAUGGCAGAAUUAAAUCUGCAGGACAAAUAUCAGUCAUUUAAGCACUUCAGAGUUCAAUAUGAAAUGAAAAGAAAACAGAUUGAACAUUUAAUACAACCAUUGCAUAGAGACGGUAAAUUGUCACUUGACCAAGCAUUGGUAAAACAGUCCUGGGAUAGAGUGUCCUCCAGGCUCUUUGAUUGGCACAUACAGCUUGACAAAUCUCUUCCUGCCCCUCUGGGCACCAUAGGUGCCUGGCUGUACCGAGCAGAGGUGGCCCUGAGGGAGGAGAUAACCGUCCAGCAGGUCCACGAGGAAACGGCAAACACAAUACAACGGAAACUUGAGCAGCAUAAGGAUCUGCUUCAAAACACAGAUGCCCACAAAAGAGCAUUCCAUGAAAUCUACCGGACCAGGUCCGUUAACGGGAUCCCUGUGCCAUCUGAUCAAUUAGAGGACAUGGCCGAGAGGUUUCAUUUUGUUUCCUCCACAUCAGAGCUGCACUUAAUGAAAAUGGAAUUUCUAGAAUUAAAGUACCGUCUGCUCUCACUGCUGGUUCUUGCAGAGUCAAAGCUGAAGUCUUGGAUCAUCAAGUACGGCAGGAGAGAGUCAGUGGAACUGCUUCUGCAGAACUACAUCUCUUUCAUAGAAAACAGCAAGUUCUUUGAGCAAUAUGAAGUGACGUACCAGAUCUUGAAACAGACAGCAGAGAUGUAUGUCAAAGCGGAUGGUUCAGUGGAAGAAGCUGAGAAUGUGAUGAAAUUCAUGAAUGAAACCACCGCUCAGUGGAGGAACCUGUCAGUAGAAGUUAGGAGUGUGAGGAGCAUGCUGGAAGAAGUGAUUUCUAACUGGGAUCGCUAUGGCAAUACUGUGGCUAGUCUUCAAGCCUGGCUAGAGGAUGCUGAAAAAAUGCUAAACCAAACAGAAAAUGCAAAAAAGGAUUUCUUUCGGAAUCUACCCCAUUGGAUUCAGCAGCACACGGCCAUGAAUGAUGCUGGCAAUUUUCUAAUUGAAACAUGUGAUGAGAUGGUUUCCCGUGACCUUAAGCAACAAUUACUGUUGCUAAAUGGACGUUGGAGGGAGCUAUUUAUAGAAGUCAAGCAAUAUGCACGAGCUGAUGAGAUGGACAGAAUGAAGAAAGAAUACACAGACUGUGUUACUGCUCUGUCUGUGUUUACAGCUGAAGCUCACAAGAAACUUUCUGAACCUUUAGAAGUCUCUUUUAUUAAUGUCAAGCUACUAAUUCAAGACUUGGAGGAUAUCGAUCAGAAGAUGCCUGUGAUGGAUGCUCAGUACAAGAUGAUUACAAAAACAGCACACCUCAUCACCAAGGAAAGCCCCCAAGAAGAAGCUAAUGAGAUGUUUGCAACCAUGUCUGGGCUCAGAGAGCAGCUAACAAAGGUCAAAGAAUGUUGCUCUCCACUCCUUUACGAGUCUCAGCAGCUGUUGAUUCCGUUGGAGGAAUUAGAAAAACAGAUGACGUCCUUUUAUGAUUCACUCGGGAAAAUUAAUGAAAUUAUAACCAUUCUUGAGCACGAGGCACAAUCUAGUGCUCUUUUUAAACAAAAACACCAGGAGCUGUUAGCUUGUCAGGAAAGCUGUAAGAAAACCUUGACUGUAAUUGAGAAAGGCAGUCAUAGUGUCCAGAAGUUUGUGACCUUGAGCAAUGUGUUAAAGCAUUUUGAUCAGACAAAGCUACAAAGACAGAUUACAGAUGUUCAUGUUGCUUUUCAGAAUAUGGUAAAGAAAACUGGAGAUUGGAAGAAGCAUGUGGAAACCAAUAGUCGUUUGAUGAAGAAAUUUGAGGAGUCUCGAGCAGAGUUGGAAAAAGUGCUACGGAUUGCUCAGGAGGGCUUGGAGGAAAAAGGGGAUCCAGAAGAACUGCUGAAGAGACACACUGAGUUUUUCACUCAGCUGGAUCAGCGGGUGCUCAAUGCUUUCCUAAAAGCUUGUGAUGAGCUCACCGAUAUCCUCCCUGAGCAGGAACAGCAAGGCCUGCAAGAAGCUGUUAGAAAGCUCCAUAAGCAAUGGAAGGACCUUCAAGGAGAAGCUCCUUAUCAUUUGCUUCAUCUGAAGAUUGAUGUGGAGAGGAAUAGAUUCUUAGCCUCUGUAGAAGAAUGCAGGACGGAGCUGGAUCGAGAGACCAACCUGGUGUCCCAGGAAGGCAGUGAACAGAUUAUUAAAGAGCACAGGAUAUUUUUCAGUGACAAAGGUCCUCAUCACCUCUGUGAGAAAAGGUUACAGCUCAUUGAGGAACUGUGUGUGAAACUCCCAGUGCGGGAUCCGGUUCGGGAUGCACCUGCAACCUGUCACACAGCUCUCAGAGAGCUCAGAGCUGCCAUUGACAGCACCUAUGCAAAGCUUUUGGAAGACCCUGACAAGUGGAGAGACUAUACCAGCAGGUUUUUUGAGUUGUCAUCUUGGAUAUCCACAAAGGAAAUGCAGUUGAAGGGGAUCCAGGGUGAAGCUAUCAGUACUGCCAACCACGGAGAGGUUAAACAUGUUGUAGAUGAAAUAAGAAGUGGUGUUACUCAGAAAGGCGAGACUCUCAGCUGGCUGAAAUCCAGGCUUAAAACUUUGAUUGAAGUUUCUUCUGAGAAUGAAGCCCAGAAGCAAGGGGAUGAGCUUGCAAAAUUGUCAAGCUCUUUCAAGUCCCUAGGGACUCUGUUGUCCGAGGUUGAAAAGAUGUUGAGCAACUUUGGGGACUGUGUCCAUUAUAAAGAAAUAGUCAAAAGUUCCCUUGAAGAGUUAAUUUCCAACUCUGAGGAAGCCCAGGAACAAGCUGAGAAGAUCUUAGACACUGAAAAUCUGUUUGAAGCACAGCAGUUACUUCUUCAUCAUCAGCAACAGACAAAGAGGAUCUCGGCAAAGAAGAAAGACGUGCAGCAGCAGAUUAUGCAGGCUCAGCAAGGAGAGGGCGGGCGGCCUGGUCCUGGCCCAGAAGAGCUACAGAAGCUGGCCAGCACCCUGGACAGCGUGGAGCGCAGCAGGGAGCGCCAGGAGCGCCGCAUCCAGGUCACAUUAAGGAAAUGGGAGCGAUUUGAAACAAAUAAAGAGACAGUAGUCAGAUACCUUUUCCAGACAGGUUCCAGCCAUGAACGCUUCUUGAGUUUUAGCAGCUUGGAAAGCUUAUCUUCAGAACUGGAACAAACAAAGGAGUUUUCUAAACGGACAGAAAAUAUUGCAGUCCAGGCUGAGAACCUUGUGAAGGAAGCUUCAGAGAUACCCCUUGGGCCUAAGAAUAAGCAACUACUUCACCAGCAGGCCAAGUCAAUCAAAGAGCAAGUUAAAAAAUUAGAAGACACACUUGAAGAAGAUAUUAAAACCAUGGAAAUGGUGAAAAACAAAUGGGAUCAUUUUGGCAGUAAUUUUGAGACCCUGUCCAUCUGGAUAACUGACAAAGAAAAAGAACUCAAUGCGUUGGAAACUUCAUCCUCUGCCAUGGACAUGCAGAUCAGCCAAAUUAAGGUCACAAUUCAGGAAAUAGAGAGUAAGCUCAGCAACAUUACAGAAUUAGAAGAAGCAGCUCAGUCUUUUGCUCAAUUUAUUACCACUGGAGAAUCUGCUCGAAUCAAAGCCAAGUUGACACAGCUGAGAAGAUACUGGGAAGAACUCCGAGAACAUGCACAGUGUCUGCAAGGGACAAUCUUUGGACAUUUAUCUCAGCAGCAGAAGUUUGAAGAGAAUCUUAAAAAGAUUCAGCAGUCUGUGUCUGAAUUUGAAGAUAAGCUCGCUGAUCCAAUUAAAAUAUGUUCUUCAGCUACAGAAACAUACAAAGUUCUCCAGGAACAUAUGGAUCUCUGUCAGGCCCUGGAGUUCCUGAGUGGCACAGUGACCACCUUCUCAGCCAGUGCCCAGAAGGUGGUCAACAGAGACUCCUGUGUUCAGGAGGCUGCGUUGCUACAGAAGCGGUACGAGGGGGCCCUAAGUCAGGCUAAAGAGAGGCAGACAGCGCUGGGAGACCUGCUGGCCCACUGGCAGAGACUAGAGAAAGAACUGUCAUCUUUUCUGACCUGGUUGGAGCGGUGUGAAGCUAUAGCCAGUUCCCCCGAAGUGGAAAUUUCUGCAGAUAGAGUCAAAGUGGAGGGAGAACUUCAAUCAAUUCAGGCACUGCAAAAUGAAGUUGUAGCCCAGGCCUCCUUCUACAGCAACCUGUUGCAACUGAAGGAAUCACUGUUCUCUGUGGCCUCCAAAGAUGAUGUGAAAAUGAUGAAGCUACAUUUGGAGCAGUUAGAUGAGAGAUGGAGAGAUUUACCUCAGAUAAUUAGCAAAAGGAUCAGUUUUCUCCAGUCUGUGGUUGCUGAACACCAGCAAUUUGAUGAGUUGCUACUUUCCUUUUCUGUAUGGAUUAAGCAAUUUCUCAGUGAAUUGCAAAGUACUUCUGAGAUAAGCAUGAUGGAUCAUCAAGUAGCUCUCACCAGGCACAAGGACCACGCAGCAGAAGUCGAGAGUAAGAAGGGAGAAUGGCAAAGUCUGCAGGGCCACCUGGCAAAGCUAGCUUCUCUGGGCCGAGCAGAGGACCUCCACCUCCUCCAGGGAAAGGCUGAGGACUGCUUCCAGCUGUUUGAGGAGGCUAUGCAGGUUGUGGAGCGGCGGCAGCUUGCCGUGGUCCAGCUGGCAGGAUUCCUACAGAGCCAGGCCUCUCUGUCUGGGGUUCUCCACCAGCUGAGACAAACAGUGGAAGCAACCAACAGCAUGAAUAAGAAACAGUCUGAUUUGUUAGAAAAGGACCUGAAUGAAGCUAUUCAAGAUGUUAAAGCGUUAGAAUCUACUGCCAUCAGUCUCGACUGCAUGCUCUCCAAAGCCCAAUACCAUCUGAAAAGCGGGAGCUCUGAGCAUAGAACUUCCUGCCGAGCCACAUCUGAUCAGCUCUGUUUAGAACUGGAGAAGAUCCAGAACCUCCUGGGAACCAAGCAGAGUGAAGCAGAUGCUUUGGCAGUAUUGAAAAAAGCAUUCCAAGACCAGAAGGAGGAGCUGCUGAAAAGCAUCGAGGACAUUGAAGAAAGAACUGACAAAGAGCGACUCAAAGAACCCACGCGCCAAGCGCUUCAGCAGAGGUUGAGAGUGUUCAAUCAAUUAGAAGAUGAACUAAAUUCUCAUGAGCAUGAACUGUGUUGGUUAAAAGACAAAGCUAAGCAAAUUGCACAGAAAGAUGUGACUUUUGCACCUGAAGUUGACAAAGAGGUCAAUCGCUUAGAAGUCACUUGGAAUGACACCAAAAAACUAAUUCAUGAAAACCAGGGUCAAUGCUGUGGGCUUAUCGACUUAAUGAGAGAAUAUCAGAACUUGAAGUCAGCUGUUUCUAAAGUCCUAGAAAAUGCCAGCAAUGUGACCAUAACCAGAACUACUAUGAAAGAUCAGGAGGAUCUUAAAUGGGCUUUAUCCAAGCAUGAAACUGCCAAGAAUGAAAUGAAUUAUAAACAGAAAGAGUUGGAUAACUUUACCAAUAAAGGAAAACACUUACUAUCUGAGCUGAAAAAAAUUCACAGUAGUGAUUUUGCCCUGGUAAAGACAGAUAUGGAGAGCACCGUGGACAAAUGGCUGGAUGUAUCAGAGCGAAUUGAAGAAAACAUGGAGAGGCUGAGAGUAGGCCUGUCCAUUUGGGAUGAGGUACUUUCAGGUAAAGACGAGAUCGACAGAUGGUCCAACAACUCUGUUCCGCAGCUGACUGAAAACAUCAGCAACCUGAACAACAGUCUCCGAGCCGAAGGAUUCCUCAGAGAAUUUGAGAUUGAAGUUAAAAACAAGGCAUUGAGGUUAGAAGAACUACAAUCCAAAGUUAAUGAUCUUAAAGAAUUAACUAAAAAUCCAGAUACACCGCCAGACCUGCAGUUUAUAGAAGCAGACUUAAGGCAGAAACUAGAGCACGCCAAAGAAAUAACCGAAGAAGCAAAAGUAACCUUAAAAGAUUUCACUGCUCAAAGUACCCAAGUGGAGAAAUUUGUCAAUGACAUAACAGGGUGGCUGACAAAAGUGGAAGAAUCCUUGGUGCUCUGUGCCCAAACCGAGACUUGUGAAGGGCUGAAGAAAGUAAAGGAUAUACAAAAAGAACUUGAAAGUCAACAAGGCAGCAUCAUCUUGACCCAAGAAAAUCUCAACAGUUUGUGCCGCAAGUACCAUUCAGUUGAGUUGGAGGGCCUGGGCCGUGCCAUGACUGGAUUGAUAAAGAAGCAUGAAGCUGUGAGUCAGAUGUGCUCCAAAACUCAGGCCAGCCUGCAGGAUUCUCUGGAAAAACACUUCAAUGAUUCUAUGCAGGAAUUCCAAGAAUGGUUUUUGAGAGCAAAGACUGUGGCUAAAGAAUCAUCAGAUCGAAGUGGCGACAGCAAAGUUCUAGAGGCAAAGCUCCAUGACCUUCAGAACAUCCUGGACUCAGUCAGUGACGGACAGAGGAAGCUUGAUGCAGUGACUCAGGAAGGACAAACUUUGUAUGCACACUUGCCUAAACAAAUUGUCAGCAAUAUUCAGGAACAAAUUACCAGGGCUAAUGAAGAGUUUCAAGCAUUUCUGAAACAAUGCCUUAAAGACAAACAGGCACUUCAAGACUGUGCUUCAGAACUUGGGAGCUUUGAGGAUCAGCACAGAAAAUUAAACUUAUGGAUCCAUGAGAUGGAAGAAAGGUUACGUACAGAAAACUUGGGGGAGAAUAAACAGCAUAUUCCUGAGAAGAAAAAUGAAGUUCAUAAAGUUGAAAUGUUUCUUGGAGAAUUACUGGCUGCAAGAGAGUCUCUUGAUAAACUUUCUCAGAGAGGGCACCUUCUCAGUGAAGAAGGCCAUGGUGCUGGGAAAGAAGGACGCCUGUGCUCCCAGCUCCUCACAAGCUACCAGAAUUUACUCAGGAUGACCAAAGAGACACUCCGGAGCUGUCAGGUGGCCCUGCAGGAGCACGAAGCCCUGGAAGAAGCACUGCAGACCAUGUGGUCCUGGGUGAAGGACAUCCAAGACAGACUGGCCUGUGCAGAGAGUACUACUGGGGACAAAGACACCUUGGAGAAGCGGCUGUCACACAUACAGGAUAUUCUCCUGAUGAAAGGUGAAGGAGAAGUCAAGUUGAAUAUGGCCAUUGGGAAAGGGGAACAGGCCUUGAGGAGCAGCAAUCAGGAAGGCCAGAAGGUGAUUCGGACUCAGCUGGAGACCCUUAAAGAUGUGUGGGCUACCAUUAUGAUCUCCUCCUCUCAUGCUCAGAGCACUUUACAGUCUGUGAUCAGCCAAUGGAAUGACUAUCUGGAGAGGAAAAACCAGCUGGAGCAGUGGAUGGAGUCAGUAGAUCAGAAAGUAGAACAUCCCCUUCAACUGCAGCCAGGUCUGAAAGAGAAGUUUUCUCUGCUGGAUCACUUUCAGGCCAUCGUAUCUGAGGCAGAAGAUCACGCUGGUGCCCUUCACCGCUUAACUGCAAAGUCCAGGGAGCUCUAUGAGAAGACUGAGGAUGAGUCUUUCAGUGAAACUGCUCAAGAAGAGCUGAAGACACAGUUUAAUGAUAUAAUGACUGUUGCCAAGGAAAAAAUGAGGAAAGUGGAAGAAAUUGUGAAAGACCAUCUGAUGUAUUUAGAUGCAGUUCAGGAAUUCACAGAUUGGCUCCAUUCAGCAAAAGAAGAACUUCACCGUUGGUCAGAUAUGUCUGGAGAUUCAUCAGCCACCCAGAAAAAGUUGUCAAAAAUUAAGGAGCUGAUAGAUUCCAGAGAGAUUGGUGUGAGCCGCCUGAGCCGAGUGGAGUCACUAGCUCCUGAAGUGAAACAGAACACAGCUGCCAGUGGGUGUGAGCGCAUGCACACAGAGAUGCAGGCCCUGCGUGCCGACUGGAAGCAGUGGGAAGACAACGUGCUCCAGACACAGAGCAACUUGGAGACUCUGGUUAACCAAAUGGCCCUGUCAGAGCAGGAGUUUUCAGGCCAAGUGGCUCAACUCGAGCAGGCCUUGGAGCAUUUCAGUGUCCUUCUUCAAACCUGGGCUCAGGAGCUAACCCUCCUGGAAGGCAAGAACACGGAUAAGGAGAUCGUGGAAUGCUGGCACAAGGGACGAAAAAUACUGGAUGCUCUACAAAAAGAAGAACCAAGGACAGAGGAUCUCAAAUCUCAGCUAAAUGAACUGUGUCGAUUUUCCAGAGAUCUAAGUGCAUACAGUGGAAAAGUUUCUGGCUUGAUUAAAGAAUAUAACUGUCUUUGUUUGCAAGCAUCCAAGGGCUGCCAGAAUAAAGAACAGAUUUUACAGCAAAGAUUUCGAAAAGCCUUCAGAGAUUUCCAGCAGUGGUUGGUUAAUGCAAAAAUCACAACUGCCAAAUGUUUUGAUAUACCUCAAAAUCUCAAUGAUGUUUCAGCAAGUCUUCAGAAAAUACAGGAGUUUUUGUCAGAAAGUGAAAAUGGACAGCACAAGCUUAAUAUGAUGCUGUCUAAAGGAGAACUUCUGAGUACUUUGCUGACUGAAGAGAAAGCUAAAGGUUUACAGGCCAAAGUUGCAACUGCAAAAGAAGAUUGGAAAAAUUUUUAUUCAAAUCUCCACCAAAAAGAAUCUGCCCUAGAGAAUCUAAAGAUCCAAAUGAAGGACUUUGAAGUAAGUGCCGAGCCUGUGCAAGACUGGCUGAGUAAGACAGAGAAGAUGGUGCAUGACAGCAGCAACCGCCUCUAUGAUCUGCCAGCGAAGAGGAGGGAGCAGCAGAAACUCCAGUCUGUCCUUGAGGAAAUACACUGUUACGAGCCUCAGCUCAACAGGCUGAAAGAGAAAGCUCAGCAGCUGUGGGAAGGACAAGCUGCCAGCAAGAGCUUUAUGCACAGAGUGUCGCAGCUGUCUGCUCAGUAUCUAGCGCUAAGCAAUUUAACCAAGGAGAAAGUGUCAAGAUUGGAUAGAAUUGUCGCAGAACACAAUCAGCUCUCCCUUGGGAUUAAAGAGCUACAGGACUGGAUGACAGAUGCAGUUCAUAUGCUGGAAUCUUACUGCCACCCAACGUCAGACAAGAGUGUGCUGGACAGCAGGAUGCUCAAGCUUGAGGCACUAUUAUCUGUGAAACAGGAAAAAGAGAUUCAGAUGAAAAUGAUAGUGACCAGGGGAGAAUGUGUCCUUCAAAACACCUCUCCUGAGGGCACCCCUGCUGUUCAGCAGCAGCUGCAGAGUGUGAAGGAUAUGUGGGCGGCCCUUCUGUCUGCAGGGAUUCGCUGUAAAAGUCAACUUGAAGGAGCUCUUUCUAAAUGGACAAGUUAUCAGGAUGAUGUCCGCCAGUUUUCCAGUUGGAUGGACGGUGUCGAGGCCAGCCUGAAUGGAUCUGAAAGGCAGCAUGCAGAACUACGGGACAAAAUAACUGCUCUUGGGAAAGCUAAGUUAUUAAAUGAAGAGGUGCUGAGUCACAGCAGCUUGCUGGAGACCAUUGAAGCCAAAAGGGCAGGCAUGACGGAACAUUAUGUCACCCAGCUGGAGCUACAGGAUCUGCAGGAGCGGUACAGAGCCAUCAAAGACAGGGCACAGGAAGCUGUAACCAAGACUGAAAAACUGGUUCGCCUGCACCAAGAGUACCAGAGAGACCUAACGGCCUUUGAAGUUUGGCUGGGGCAAGAGCAAGAACAGCUUGACCGACACUCAGUGCUUGAAGGUGAUCCCCAUACCCAUGAGUCAACACUGCGGGAUCUCCAGGAACUACAAGUGCGCUGUGCAGAGGGACAGGCCCUGUUGAAUUCGGUGCUGCACACCAGAGAGGAAGUGAUCCCAUCAGGCAUCCCCCAAACGGAGGACCGAGCUUUGGAGUCUCUCCGGCAGGACUGGCAGGCCUACCAGCACAGGCUGUCAGAGACCCGGACUCAGUUCAAUAACGUGGUGAACAAAUUGAGGCUGAUGGAGCAAAAGUUUCAGCAGAUAGAUGAAUGGCUCAGAACGGUGGAGCAGAAAGUUAGUUUCAGGACUGGACGUCAGUCUAACCGGGCAACCAAGGAAAUGCAACUACAGCAGAUGAAGAAGUGGCAUGAAGAAGUGAGUGCUUACAGAGAUGAGGUUGAGGAAGUGGGGGCCAGAGCUCAGGAGAUCCUGGAGGAGAGCCAUGUGAGCAGCAGGAUGGGCUGCCAGGCCACCCAGCUGACUUCCAGAUACCAGGCCCUGCUUCUCCAAGUGUUGGAACAAAUAAAAUUCCUGGAGGAAGAGAUCCAGAGCUUGGAUGAAUCAGAAUUAUCUCUCAGUUUUUAUUCUGAUUGGUAUGGCUCUACUCAUAAAAACUUCAAGAAUGUGGCUACCAAAAUUGAUAAAGUAGAUAAAGCAAUGAUGGGGAAAAAAUUGAAGACAUUGGAGGUUUUACUAAAAGACAUGGAGAAAGGCCACAGUUUGCUGAAAUCGGCCCGGGAAAAAGGAGAGAGAGCCCUGAAAUACUUGGAGGAAGGGGAGGCGGAGACAUUAAGAAAAGACUUCCAUGACCAUGUGGAGCAGCUGAAGGAGCUGACCAGCACUGUCCGGAAAGAGCACAUGACCCUGGAAAAAGGCCUUCACUUGGCAAAGGAAUUCUCUGACAAAUGGAAAGCACUGACCCAGUGGAUAGCAGAAUACCAGGAAAUCCUACACGUUCCUGAGGAACCCAAAAUGGAAUUAUAUGAGAAAAAAGCUCAAUUAUCAAAAUACAAGUCCCUUCAACAAAUGGUGCUGUCCCAAGAGCCAGCGGUAAAGUCAGUAAAAGAGAAAGGUGAAGCACUUCUGGAACUGGUACAGGAUGUUACCUUAAAGGACAAAAUAGAUAAACUGCAAAGUAAUUACCAGGAUCUCUGCAGUGCAGGAAAGGAGCAUGUCUUCAGUCUGGAGGCGAAAGUCAAAGACCAUGAAGACUACAACAGUGAGCUCCAAGAGGUGGAAAAGUGGCUGUUGCAGAUGUCUGGCAGGUUGGUGGCUCCCGACCUCCUGGAGACCAGCAGCCUGGAGACAAUCACCCAGCAACUGGCCCACCACAAGGCAAUGAUGGAAGAAAUUGCUGGUUUCGAAGACCGUUUGGACAACCUUAAAGUGAAAGGUGACACUUUGAUUGGUCAAUGUGCAGACCACCUGCAAGCAAAACUCAAACAAAACGUGCAUGCUCACCUGCAGGGCACAAAGGACAGUUACUCAGCCAUCUGCAGUACGGCUCAGAGGGUAUACCAGAGUUUGGAACAUGAACUUCAGAAGCAUGUCAGCCGACAAGACACGCUGCAGCAGUGUCAAGCCUGGCUUUCUGCAGUCCAACCCGACUUAAAACCAAGCCCUCACCCGCCUCUCAGUAGGGCAGAAGCAGUUAAGCAGGUCAAACACUUCAGAGCUUUGCAAGAGCAAGCAAGGACCUACUUAGAUCUCCUUUGCUCAAUGUGUGAUUUGUCAAACUCUUCAGUGAAAACCACGGCAAAAGAUAUUCAACAAACAGAACAAAAGAUUGAACAAAGGCUUGUCCAAGCACAGAACAUAACUCAGGGCUGGGAAGAGAUCAAGCACCUGAAAGCUGAGCUGUGGAUUUAUCUCCAGGAUGCUGAUCAGCAACUACAGAAUAUGAAGAGGAGGCACUCUGAACUGGAGCUAAAUAUUGCACAGAACAUGGUUUCUCAAGUAAAGGAUUUUGUUAAGAAACUGGAGUGCAAACAGGCAUCAGUGAAUUCUGUCAUAGAAAAAAUCAAUAAGUUAACAAAGAAGCAGGAGUCUCCUGAACACAAGGAAAUACAUCAUCUAAAUGACCAGUGCUUGGAUCUGUGCCUUCAGUCUAACAACCUGUGCUUGCAAAGGGAAGAGGAACUUCGGAGAACAAGAGAUUACCAUGACUGCAUGAAUGUGGUUGAAGCAUUUUUAGAAAAAUUUACUACAGAAUGGGACAACCUUGCCAGAUCUGAUGCCGAGAGUACCGCCGUCCACCUGGAAGCUUUGAAAAAGUUAGCAUUGGCGUUGCAGGAGAAAAAGCAUGCCAUCGACGAUCUGAAAGAGCAAAAGCUGAAAAUGAUAGAGCAUCUGAAUUUAGAUGACAAAGAACUAGUGAAAGAGCAGACCAGUCACUAUGAACGACGUUGGUUUCAGCUUGAGGAUCUAGUGAAAAGGAAAAUCCAGGCAUCUGUCACCAACUUGGAGGAGUUAAAUGUGGUGCAGUCAAGAUUUCAGGAGCUCAUGGAGUGGGCAGAAGAGCAACAACCCAACAUCGCUGAGGCCCUGAAGCAGAGCCCGCCUCCUGAGAUGGCUCAAAAUCUCCUUAUGGAUCACCUGGCCAUCUGCAGUGAGCUGGAGGCCAAACAGAUGCUUCUGAAGUCGCUCAUAAAGGACGCUGACCGCGUAAUGGCUGACCUCGGCCUGAAUGAGCGGCAGAUCAUCCAGAAGGCACUCUCCGAGGCUCAAAGGCACGUGAACUGUCUCAGUGACUUAGUGGGCCAGAGAAGAAAGUACUUAAACAAAGCCUUGUCUGAGAAAACCCAGUUUCUCAUGGCAGUGUUCCAGGCGACCAGCCAAAUCCAACAACAUGAGCGAAAGAUAAUGUUCCGGGAACACAUUUGCCUGCUCCCAGACGAUGUGAGCAAACAGGUGAAAACGUGUAAAAGUGCGCAAGCCAGUCUCAAGACGUACCAAAAUGAGGUCACGGGACUUUGGGCCCAGGGCCGGGAGUUAAUGAAAGGAGUCCCAGAGCAGGAAAAGGGAGAAGUGCUGGGGAAACUUCAGGAAUUGCAGAGUGUGUACGACAGUGUUUUACAAAAGUGUAGCCAUCGGUUACAAGAACUAGAGAAAAAUUUAGUUUCUAGGAAGCAUUUUAAGGAAGAUUUUGAUAAAGCUUGUCACUGGCUCAAACAAGCCGAUAUUGUCACAUUUCCUGAAAUCAACCUGAUGAAUGAGACCCCUGAGCUUCACACACAGCUGGCCAAAUACCAGCACAUUCUUGAACAAUCUCCGGAAUAUGAGAACCUGCUCCUUAUGCUGCAGAGGACUGGGCAGGCCAUGUUGCCAUCGCUGAAUGAAGUUGAUCAUUCCUACCUCAGUGAAAAGCUGAACGCUCUGCCCCAGCAACUGAAUGUCAUUGUGGCCUUGGCUAAAGACAAGUUCUAUAAAGUCCAAGAGGCAAUUCUUGCUCGGAAAGAAUACGCUUCCUUGAUAGAGCUGACCACCCAGUCUCUGAGUGAACUUGAAGACCAGUUCUUAAAGAUGAGCAAAAUUCCCGCUGAGCUGGUCAUCGAGGAAGCACUGUCUCUUCAGGACGGUUGCCGAGCUCUUCUGGGUGAGGUAGUGGCCCUUGAAGAGGCAGUGGAUGAAUUGAAUCAGAAAAAAGAGAGCUUUCGCAGCACAGGCCAGCCCUGGCAGCCAGACAAGAUGCUGCAUCUGGUCACCUUGUAUCACAAGCUGAAGCGACAAACAGAACAAAGGGUCAGCUUUCUAGAAGAUACCACGAGUGCUUACCAGGAGCACGAGAAGAUGUGCCGCCGGCUGGAGGGGCAACUAGAGGCUGUGAAAACAGAGCAGUCCAAAGUGAAUGAGGAAACGCUGCCUGCAGAGGAGAAGCUCAAAGUGUAUCACUCCCUGGCGGGGAGCCUGCAGGACUCAGGGAUUCUCCUGAAACAGGUGACUGUGCACCUGGAAGAUCUCAUUCCACACCUUGAUCCCUUGGCUUAUGAGAAAGCCAAGCAUCAGAUCCAGUCCUGGCAAGAGGAGUUGAAUCUGCUGACGUCUGCCAUUGGCGAGACUGUGACCGAGUGCGAGAGCAGGAUGGUGCAGAGUAUUGACUUCCAGACUGAGAUGAGCCGCUCUCUGGACUGGCUGAGGAGAGUCAAGGCGGAGCUCAGUGGGCCAGUGUGCCUGGACCUCAGCCUGCAGGACAUCCAGGAGGAAAUCCGAAAGACCCAGAUCCAUCAGGAAGAGGUCCAGUCCAGCUUAAGGAUCAUGACUGCCCUGAGCAGCAAGGAGAAGGAGAAAUUCACGAAAGCAAAGGAACUGAUCUCUGCUGAUUUAGAGCACACGCUUGCUGAACUCUCAGAGCUCGACGGCGACAUUCAGGAAGCUUUACGCACCAGACAGGCUACCUUGACUGAACUAUAUAGUCAAUGUCAAAAGUAUUAUCAAGUAUUUCAAGUAGCUAAUGACUGGCUUGAAGAUGCCCAAGAAAUGCUACAACUGGCAGGCAAUGGCUUAGAUGUGGAGAGUACGGAAGAAAAUCUCAAAAGCCAUGUGGAAUUUUUCAGUACAGAAGAUCAGUUCCAAAGUAAUCUGAAGGAACUCCAAAGUCUGGUGGCCAGUCUAGACCCACUCAUUAAGCCAAAUGCCAAAGAAGAUCUGGCCCAGAAAAUGGCUACACUGGAAGAGAAGAGCCAGAGGAUUAUCCAGGACUCACACAGGCAGUUGGAUCUCUUGCAGAGAUGUGCAGCUCAAUGGCAGGAUUACCAGAAAGCAAGAGAAGAAGUUAUUGAGUUGAUGAAUGAUGCAGAAAAGAAAUUGUCUGAGUUUUCUUUACUGAAAGCUUCUUCCAGUCAUGAAGCAGAAGAAAAACUGUCAGAACACAAGGCUUUAGUGUCAGUGGUUAACUCUUUCCAUGAGAAGACUGCAGCCCUCGAGGAGAAAGCGUCACACCUGGAGAAAACUGGGAAUGAUGCAAGCAAAGCCAUGCUAAGCAGAUCCAUGACCACUGUCUGGCAGCGCUGGACACGUCUCCGUGCGGUGGCCCAGGACCAGGAGAAGAUACUGGAAGAUGCAGUGGAUGAAUGGAGGGGAUUUAAUGAUAAGGUUAAAAAAGCCACUGAAAUGAUUGAUCAGCUACAAGAUAAAUUCCCUGAAAGUUCAGCCGAGAAGGCCUCAAAAGCAGAACUCUUAACUCUUCUUGAGUAUCAUGACACAUUUGUCCUGGAGCUGGAACAGCAGCAGUCGACCUUAGGCAUGCUGCAGCAACAAGCUCUGAGCCUGCUUCAGGAUGGGGCUGUGCUGGCCCCUGGAGAAGAGCCACCCAUCAUGCAGGAGGUUGCAGCGAUGCAGGAUCGGUGCCUCAGCAUGCAGGACAAAGUGAAGAAUAACGGGAAGUUUGUCAAGCAAGAGUUGAAGGAGCGAGAAGCAGUGGAGAAUCAAAUCAAUUCUGUGAAAUCUUGGGUUCAGGAAACGAAGGAAUAUUUAGGGAAUCCAACAAUAGAAAUAGAUGCUCAACUUGAAGAACUUCAGAUUCUCCUAACAGAAGCCACAAAUCACCGACAGAACAUUGAGAAAAUGGCUGAAGAACAGAAGAAGAAGUACCUAGGUCUUCAGACCAUAUUACCCUCUGAACUCUCCCUUCAGUUAGCUGAAGUGGCCUUAGACCUAAAGAUACGUGAUCAGAUUCAAGACAAAGUAAAAGAACUGGAGCAGAGCAAGGCCACGAGCCAGGAAUUCAGCCGACAAAUUCAGAAGGUAGCCAAAGACCUCACAACGAUCCUAACAAGGCUGAAAGCAAAGACGGAUAACUUAGUCGAAGCCAAAGCUGAACAAAAGGUGCUGGGAGAGGAAUUGGAUGGCUGUAAUUCAAAGUUAAUGGAAUUAGAUGCAGCAAUACAGAACUUCUCAGAGCAGAAUGGCCAACUGGGGAAGCCACUGGCCAAGAAGAUAGGAAAACUGACUGAACUUCACCAGCAGACCAUUAGACAGGCAGAGAUCCGGCAAUCCAAGCUCAGUCAGGCGGCAUCACAUUUAGAAGAAUAUAAUGAAAUGCUGGAAUUAAUUUUGAAGUGGAUUGAGAAGGCUAAAACCUUGGUCCAUGGAAAUAUUGCUUGGAAUUCUGCCAGCCAACUUCGGGAACAAUACAUUUCACAUCAGACCCUGCUAGAAGAAUCUGAAGAAAUUCACAGUGAUCUGGAAGCCAUGAUGGAGAAAUUACAAUGCCUUGCUAGCGUGUACUAUACAGAGAAAAUGUCUCAGCAAGUGGCAGACCUGGGACGCGAGACUGAGGAGUUGCAGCAGGUGAUGAAGAUGCGUUUGCAGAGCCUCCAAGAUGCAGCUAAGGAUAUGAAAAAAUUUGAGGCAGAGCUAAAAAACUUACAAGCUGCUUUGGAGCAAGCCCAGACAACCCUGACUUCUCCAGAAGUUGGACGUCUCAGUCUGAAGGAGCAACUUGCUCACCGACAACAUUUGCUAUCUGAGAUGGAGUCCCUCAAGCCAAAGGUGCAAGCUGUACAACUCUGCCAGAGUGCCCUCCGGAUCCCCGAGGAUGUGGUGGCUAGCUUGCCUCUGUGCCAUGCUGCCCUGCGUCUGCAGGAGGAGGCUACCCGCCUGCAGCACACCGCCAUCCAGCAAUGCAACCUCAUGCAGGAGGCUGUGGUUCAGUAUGAACAAUAUGAGCAAGAAAUGAAGCAUCUCCAGCAGCUGAUCGAAGGAGCCCACAGAGAGAUUGAGGAUAAACCUGUGGCCACCAGCAACAUUCAGGAGCUACAAGCCCAGAUUUCACGGCAUGAGGAGCUGGCUCAGAAAAUCAAGGGUUAUCAGGAGCAGAUCGCGUCUUUGAAUUCCAAGUGCAAGAUGCUGACGAUGAAAGCCAAACACGCCACCAUGCUGCUGACGGUGACCGAGGUCGAGGGGCUGGCGGAAGGGACGGAGGACCUGGACCGGGAGCUCCUCCCCGCGCAGUCGGCCCACCCCUCGGUGGUCAUGAUGACUGCAGGGCGCUGUCACACUUUGCUGUCACCUGUUACUGAGGAGUCUGGAGAGGAGGGAACCAACAGCGAGAUUUCCUCUCCACCUGCCUGUCGCUCCCCUUCACCUGUGGCUAACACAGAUGCUUCUGUGAACCAGGACAUUGCUUAUUACCAAGCCUUGUCCCCUGAGAGGUUGCAGACAGAUGCUGCCAGGAUUCACCCCAGCACUUCAUCACCCCAGGAGUUCUAUGAAUCAGGACUGGAGCCCUCUGCUACAGCUAAACUGGGUGAUCUACAGCGCUCUUGGGAAACCUUAAAGAAUGUGAUCAGUGAAAAGCAGCGCACACUCUAUGAAGCUUUGGAACGCCAGCAAAAGUACCAAGACUCCCUGCAGUCCAUCUCUACAAAAAUGGAGGCCAUCGAGAUGAAACUCAAUGAGAGCCUGGAGCCUGGCAGGAGUCCAGAAAGCCAGAUGGCAGAGCAUCAGGCGUUGCUGGAUGAGAUUCUCAUGCUCCAAGAUGAAAUCAAUGAGCUGCAGUCAUCUCUCGCAGAGGAGCUGGUGUCGGAGUCCCGGGAAUCUGACCCUGCGGAGCAGCUGGCCCUCCAGUCCACGCUCACAGUCCUGGCUGAGCGCAUGUCCACCAUCAGGAUGAAGGCCUCCGGGAAACGGCAGCUCUUGGAGGAGAAGCUCAAUGAUCAGCUGGAAGAACAGAGACAGGAGCAGGCCCUGCAGAGAUAUCGCUGUGAAGCCGACGAGUUGGACCACUGGCUCCUGAGCACUAAGGCCACUCUAGACAUUGCCUUGGGAACACCUAAAGAGCCCAUGGAUAUGGAGGCCCAGCUGGUGGACUGCCAGAACAUGCUGGUGGAGAUAGAGCAGAAGGUGGUGGCCCUGUCAGAGCUGUCCGUCCACAAUGAGAACCUGCUGCUGGAAGGCAAGGCUCACACCAAGGAUGAGGCCGAACAGCUGGCGGUGAAGCUGAGAACCCUCAAGGGGAGCCUCCUUGAGCUACAGAGAGCCCUGCAUGACAAGCAGCUCAACAUCCAGGGGACAACCCAAGAGAAGGAGGAGAGCGAUGUGGGUCUGGCAGCCACUCAGAGCCCCGGUGUCCAGGAAUGGCUGGCUCAAGCUCGUACCACGUGGACCCACCAGAGGCAGAGCAGUCUCCAGCAACAAAAAGAGUUAGAACAAGAGUUAGCAGAGCAGAAGAGCCUCCUCCGCUCAGUAGCUAGUCGUGGAGAGGAGAUUCUAACCCAGCACUCAGCGGCAGAGACCUCCGUCCCACUUGGCGAAAAACCUGAUGUGUUAUCCCAGGAGUUGGGGAAGGAAGGGGAGAAAUCAUCCACUGAGGACCAGAUGAGAAUGAAAUGGGAAAGCCUACAUCAAGAAUUUAGUACCAAGCAGAAACUACUGCAGGACGUUCUGGAACAGGAGCAAGAACAAGUGCUUUACAGCAGGCCCAACCGUCUCCUGUCUGGUGUGCCACUCUACAAAGGGGAUGGGCAGACCCAAGAUAAAUCCACAGUCACGUCUCUUCUGGAUGGACUGAACCAGGCCUUUGAGGAGGUAUCAUCCCAGGGUGGAGGGACAAAGAGGCCGAAUAUACACUUGGAACAGAAGUUGUAUGAUGGGGUCUCAGCCACCUCUACUUGGUUGGAUGACGUUGAAGAACGUUUAUUUGUUGCCACAGCACUGUUACCAGAAGAAACAGAAACUUGUCUCUUUAACCAAGAGACUCUUGCCAAAGACAUUAAAGAAAUGUCUGAAGAAAUGGAUAAGAACAAGAAUUUGUUUUCACAAGCUUUUCCAGAGAAUGGAGAUAAUCGGGAUGUCAUUGAAGAUACACUAGGUUGUCUUUUGGGGAGGUUAUCCUUGUUAGAUUCAGUAGUGAAUCAGCGAUGUCAUCAGAUGAAGGAUAGACUUCAGCAAAUACUGAAUUUCCAGAAUGAUCUGAAGGUGCUGUUUACAUCACUGGCUGACAACAAAUACAUCGUCCUACAGAAGUUGGCCAACGUGUUUGAACAGCCUGUUGCAGAACAAAUCGAGGCGAUACAACAGGCUGAAGAUGGACUAAAGGAGCUAGAUGCAGGAAUCAUUGAAUUAAAAAGGCGUGCUGACAAGUUGCAGAUCGAGCAGCCUUCUAUGCAAGAACUCUCCAAACUUCAGGACAUGUACGACGAGCUCAUGAUGACCAUUGGCUCCCGGCGCAGCGGUCUGAACCAGAAUCUCACACUCAAGAGCCAGUACGAAAGGGCCCUGCAGGAUCUGGCUGACCUGCUGGAGACUGGGCAGGAGAAGAUGGCUGGAAACCAGAAAAUCAUCGUGUCUUCCAAAGAGGAAAUCCAACAACUACUCGACAAACAUAAGGAAUACUUUCAGGGCCUGGAAUCUCAUAUGAUCUUGACUGAAACACUCUUCAGAAAGAUAAUCAGCUUUGCGGUUCCAAAGGAAACACAAUUCUAUGCCGAACUGAUGGCUCAAGCUUCUGCUGUCCUGAAACGAGCUCAUAAGAGGGGCGUGGAGCUGGAGUACAUCCUAGAGACGUGGUCUCAUCUGGAUGAGGACCAGCGGGCUCUCGGCCGGCAGCUAGAGGUGGUGGCGAGCAGCAUUCCAAGCGUGGGACUGGUGGAGGAGAGCGAGGACAGGCUCAUGGACCGCAUAGCUCUCUACCAGCAUUUAAAAUCCAGCCUUAAUGAAUACCAGCCCAAAUUGUAUCAGGUACUAGAUGAUGGGAAACGUCUUCUGAUAUCCAUUAGCUGCUCCGAUCUAGAAGGCCAGCUUAACCAACUUGGAGAGCACUGGCUGAGUAACACCAACAAAGUGUCCAAGGAACUGCACAGGCUGGAGACCAUACUGAAACACUGGACCAGAUAUCAAAGUGAAUCUGCAGAUUUACUUCGCUGGUUACAGUCUGCACAAGACAAGCUAGAAUUUUGGACUCAGCAAUCUGUAACCGUCCCACAAGAACUGGAAAUGGUCCGUGACCAUCUAAAUGCUUUCCUGGAGUUUUCUAAAGAGGUGGAUGCCACAUCUUCCCUGAAAUCAUCUGUUCUGAGCACUGGGAACCAGCUUCUCCGCUUAAAGAAGGUGGACACCGCAGCCCUGCGCUCAGAGCUGUCGCACAUUGACAGCCAGUGGACGGACCUGCUGACCAACAUUCCAGCUGUCCAGGAAAAGCUCCACCAGCUCCAAAUGGAUCAGCUACCUUCCCGCCAUGCCAUUUCUGAACUCAUGAGUUGGAUUUCUCUAAUGGAAACUGUUAUUCAGAAGGAUGAAGAAGAUAUAAAAAAUGCCAUAGGCUACAAGGCUGUUCAUGAGUACCUUCAGAAAUAUAAGGGUUUUAAGAUAGACAUUAAUUGUAAACAGCUGACAGUUGAUUUCGUGAACCAGUCUGUGCUGCAGAUCAGUAGUCAGGAUGUAGAAAGCAAACGCAGUGACAAGACUGAUUUUGCUGAGCAGCUUGGAGCAAUGAAUAAAAGCUGGCAAAUCCUUCAAGGUCUAGUAAGUGAGAAGAUCCAGCUGUUGGAAGGCUUAUUGGAAUCUUGGUCAGAAUAUGAAAAUAAUGUACAGUGUCUGAAAACGUGGUUUGAAACCCAGGAGACGAGACUGAAACAACAGCAUCAAAUUGGGGAUCAAGCUUCUGUUCAGAAUGCAUUAAAAGACUGUCAGGAUCUGGAAGAUUUGAUUAAAGCAAAAGAAAAAGAAGUGGAGAAAAUUGAACAGAAUGGACUUGCUUUGAUUCAGAACAAGAAAGAAGAAGUCACAGGCCCCGUCAUGAGCACACUGCAGGAGCUCAGCCACACCUGGGCAAAUUUAGACCACAUGGUUGGGCAGUUAAAGAUACUGCUGAAGUCAGUGCUGGAUCAAUGGAGUAACCACAAAGUGGCCUUUGAUGAGAUAAACAGUUACCUGAUGGAGGCCAGAUACUCUCUUUCCCGAUUCCGACUGCUGACUGGCUCCUUAGAAGCUGUGCAAGUUCAAGUAGACAACCUGCAGAGUCUUCAAGAUGAUCUAGAAAAAUGGGAAAGAAGUCUACAGAAGUUUGGGGGAAAAAAAAACUAUUUAAAGAUUUGUCACCCACCUGUAACAGAAACUCUUACCAAUACACUGAAGGAAGUCAAUAUGAGAUGGAAUAACUUACUGGAAGAGAUCGCUGAGCAGCUGCACUCCAGCAAGGCCCUGCUGCAGCUGUGGCAGAGAUACAAAGACUACUCCAAACAGUGUGCCUCUGCAGUGCAGCAGCAGGAGGACCGAACCAAUGAGCUGCUGAAGGCCGCCGCCAACAAGGACAUCGCCGAUGAUGAACUUGCUACGUGGAUGCAAGACUGCAACGACCUUCUCAAAGGACUGAGGACAGUGAAGGAUUCCCUCUUUGUUCUCCAUGAACUAGGAGAACAACUCAAACAGCAAGUGGAUGCUUCAGCGGCCUCAGCCAUUCAGUCUGAUCAGCUGUCUCUGAGUCAGCAUCUGUGUACCUUAGAGCAGGCGCUGUGCAAACAGCAGUCCAUGUUGCAGGCUGGCGUCCUUGACUACGAAACCUUUGCCAGGAGUUUAGAAGCUCUGGAGGCCUGGAUAGUGGAAGCUGAGGACCUGCUCCAAGGGCAAGACCCCAGGCACUCGUCUGACCUCUCCACCAUCCAGGAAAGAAUGGAAGAACUUAAAGGACAGAUGUUAAAAUUCAGCAGCAUGGCGCCAGAUUUAGACCGUCUAAACGAGCUUGGAUACAGGUUACCUCUGAAUGAUAAAGAAAUCAAAAGGAUGCAGAGCCUGAACCGCCACUGGUCUCUCAUCUCCUCUCAGACUACGGAGAGAUUCAGUAAGUUACAGUCAUUUUUGCUACAACAUCAGACCUUCUUGGAAAAAUGUGAAACGUGGAUGGAAUUCCUGGUUCAAACAGAACAGAAGUUAGCAGUAGAGAUUUCUGGAAAUUAUCAGCAUCUUUUGGAACAGCAGAGAGCGCAUGAGUUGUUUCAAGCUGAGAUGUUCAGUCGUCAGCAGAUUUUGCACUCAAUCAUUAUUGAUGGGCAACGUCUUCUAGAACAAGGUCAAGUUGAUGACAGGGAUGAGUUCAACCUCAAAUUGACCCUCCUCAGUAAUCAGUGGCAGGGAGUGAUCCGCAGGGCCCAGCAGAGGCGCGGGAUCAUUGACAGCCAGAUCCGCCAGUGGCAACGCUAUAGAGAGAUGGCAGAAAAGCUUCGUAAGUGGUUGGUUGAAGUGUCCUAUCUACCCAUGAGUGGCCUCGGAAGUGUCCCUAUACCACUGCAACAAGCAAGGACCCUCUUUGAUGAAGUGCAGUUCAAAGAAAAAGUGUUCCUGCGACAGCAAGGGAGCUACAUCCUCACCGUGGAGGCAGGGAAGCAGCUCCUGCUCUCAGCCGAUCGUGGAGCAGAGGCCGCCUUGCAGGCUGAACUUGCUGAGAUCCAAGAGAAAUGGAAGUCUGCCAGCAUGUGUUUGGAGGAACAGAAGAAAAAACUGGCCUUCUUGUUGAAAGACUGGGAAAAAUGUGAGACAGGAAUAGCUGAUUCUCUGGAGAAACUACGAACUUUCAAAAAGAAGCUUUCCCAGCCUCUACCAGAUCACCAUGAAGAACUCCAUGCAGAACAAAUGCGUUGCAAGGAAUUGGAAAAUGCAGUAGGGAGCUGGCCGGAUGACUUGAGCCAGUUGACUCUGCUAAAAGACACCCUCUCUGCCUAUAUCAGUGCUGAUGAUAUCUCCAUCCUUAACGAGCGCCUAGAGCUUCUGCAAAGACAGUGGGAGGAACUAUGCCACCAGCUCUCCUUAAGACGGCAGCAAGUAAAUGAACGACUGAACGAAUGGGCAGUCUUCAGUGAGAAGAACAAGGAGCUGUGUGAAUGGCUGACUCAGAUGGAGAGCAAAGUUUCUCAGAAUGGAGACAUUCUCAUUGAAGAGAUGAUAGAAAAGCUCAAGAAGGAUUAUCAAGAGGAAAUUGCUGUUGCUCAAGAGAACAAAACACAGCUCCAGCAAAUGGGAGAACGACUUGCUAAAGCCAGCCACGAAAGUAAAGCAUCUGAAAUUGAAUACAAGCUUGGGAAGGUCAACGACCGGUGGCAGCAUCUCCUGGAUCUCAUUGCAGCCAGGGUGAAGAAGUUGAAGGAGACCCUGGUUGCUGUGCAGCAACUCGAUAAGAACAUGAGCAACCUGAGGACUUGGCUAGCUCACAUAGAGUCAGAGCUGGCCAAGCCCAUAGUCUACGAUUCCUGCAACUCAGAAGAAAUACAGCGAAAGCUUAAUGAGCAGCAGGAGCUUCAGCGGGACAUAGAGAAGCACAGUACUGGGGUCGCCUCUGUCCUCAACCUGUGUGAGGUCCUGCUGCAUGACUGCGACGCGUGUGCCACCGAUGCCGAGUGUGACUCCAUCCAGCAGGCGACUCGCAACCUGGACCGGCGGUGGAGAAACAUCUGUGCCAUGUCCAUGGAAAGGAGGCUCAAAAUCGAAGAGACGUGGCGAUUGUGGCAGAAGUUUCUGGAUGACUAUUCUCGUUUUGAAGAUUGGCUGAAGAUCUCAGAAAGGACAGCUGCUUUCCCCAGCUCUUCUGGGGUGCUCUACACAGUUGCCAAGGAAGAGCUCAAGAAAUUUGAGGCUUUCCAGCGGCAAGUCCAUGAGAGUCUGACCCAGCUAGAACUGAUCAACAAGCAGUAUCGUCGACUGGCCAGAGAGAACCGCACCGAUUCUGCGUGCAGCCUGAAACAGAUAGUUCACGAAGGCAACCAGAGAUGGGACAACCUGCAAAAGCGUGUCACCUCCAUCCUGCGCAGACUCAAGCAUUUUAUCGGCCAGCGGGAGGAAUUCGAGACUGCCCGGGACAGUAUUCUGGUCUGGCUAACAGAGAUGGAUCUGCAACUCACUAAUAUUGAACAUUUUUCUGAGUGUGACGUUCAAGCUAAAAUAAAGCAACUGAAGGCUUUCCAGCAAGAAAUUGCAUUGAACCACAAUAAGAUCGAGCAGAUAAUUGCCCAAGGAGAGCAGCUGAUAGAAAAGAGUGAGCCCUUGGAUGCGGCAGUCAUUGAGGAAGAACUCGAUGAGCUCCGUCGGUACUGCCAGGAGGUCUUUGGGCGUGUGGAGCGAUACCACAAGAAAUUGAUCCGCCUGCCUCUCCCGGAUGAUGAGCACGACCUCUCAGACAGGGAGCUGGAGCUGGACGACUCGGCAGCCCUCUCCGACCUGCGCUGGCAUGAGCCAUCAGCAGACAGCGUGCUCUCCCCACAGCCUUCCUCCAACCCCUCCCUGUCACUUGCCCAGCCUCUCCGGAGCGAGCGAUCAGGAAGAGACACCCCAGCCAGUGUGGACUCCAUCCCCCUGGAGUGGGACCAUGACUAUGACCUCAGUCGUGACCUGGAGUCAGCAGUGUCCAGAACGCUGCCCUCCGAGGAUGAAGAGGGUCAGGAAGACAAAGAUUUCUACCUCAGGGGUGCUGUUGGCUUAUCAGAUGUAAUGAUCCCCGAAAGCCCUGAGGCCUAUGUAAAACUCACAGAAAAUGCAAUCAGAAAUAUCUCUGGGGAUCACAGCACCUUAGAGUCCCAGAUCCGACAACUGGACAAAGCCCUGGAUGAUAGCCGUUUUCGGAUGCAGCAAACUGAAAAUAUCAUCCGCAGCAAAACUCCCACAGGGCCAGAGCUAGACUCCAGCUACAGAGGCUACAUGAAACUGCUGGGUGAAUGCAGUGGCAGUAUAGACUCCGUGCGGAGACUGGAGCACAAACUGAAGGAGGAAGAAGAGAGCUUUCCUGGCUUUGUGAAUUUGAAUAGUACUGAAACCCAGACAGCAGGUGUGAUUGACCGCUGGGAGCUCCUGCAAGCCCAAGCCCUGAGCAAGGAGCUGAGGAUGAAGCAGAACCUCCAGAAAUGGCAACAGUUUAACACAGACCUGAACAACAUCUGGGCCUGGCUGGGAGAGACGGAGGAGGAACUGGACCAGCUUCAGCGCUUGGAGCUCAGCACUGAUAUCCACACCAUUGAGCUCCAAAUCAAAAAGCUCAAGGAGCUUCAGAAAGCUGUGGACCACCGCAAAGCCAUCAUCCUCUCUAUCAAUCUCUGCAGUUCCGAGUUCACCCAGGCUGACUCUGAGCAGAGCCAGGACCUGCAGGAUCGCUUAUCCCAAAUGAAUGGGCGAUGGGACCGCGUGUGCUUUUUGCUGGAGGAGUGGCGGGGCCUGCUACAGGAUGCACUGAUGCAGUGUCAGGAUUUCCAUGAAAUGAGCCACGGUUUGCUUCUUAUGCUGGAGAACAUCGACCGAAGGAAAAAUGAAAUUGUUCCUAUCGAUUCUAACCUGGAUGCAGAGAUACUCCAGGACCAUCACAAACAGCUUGUGCAAAUAAGGCGUGAACUAUUGGAGUCUCAAUUCAAAGUAGCCUCACUACAAGACAUGUCUUGCCAACUACUGGUGAAUGCUGAAGGCACAGACUGUCUAGAAGCCAAAGAAAAGGUCCAUGUUAUUGGAAAUCGGCUCAAGCUUCUCUUGAAGGAGGUCAGUCGUCAUAUCAAGGAACUGGAGAAGUUAUUAGACAUGUCAAGCAGUCAGCAGGAUUUGUCUUCCUGGUCUUCCGCUGAUGAGCUGGACACCUCAGGAUCUGUGAGUCCUACAUCAGGAAGAAGCACCCCAAACAGACAGAGAACGCCACGAGGCAAAUGUAGUCUCUCACAGCCUGGACCCUCUGUCAGCAGUCCACAUAGCAGGUCCACAAAAGGUGGCUCCGGUUCCUCCCUUUCUGAGCAGCGGCCAGCUCAGUCCCGCCGAGCCUUCCUGUUCAGAGUGCUCCGGGCAGCUCUUCCACUUCAGCUUCUCCUGCUGCUCCUCAUUGGGCUUGCCUGCCUCGUACCAAUGUCAGAGGAAGACUACAGUUGUGCCCUCUCCAACAACUUUGCCCGAUCAUUCCACCCCAUGCUCAGAUACACAAACGGCCCUCCUCCCCUCUGAACCAAGUAGAUGCCUUCUGUGGAAGUGCUGGUAGCACAAGGAGGAUUGUGCCGAAGGCAAUCCUGAAAGCAAUCUCAGAAAGAGAACCUGAGUUUCGGCAAAAGCUUUCAGUGAGGCACUUCAGCUCUCCUCCAUUUUCUGUGUAGGUGAACCAUGACUUCUGAGGUAAAUGAUAAACCAAGAUAAAAGAGCAAGCAGAAGACCAGAGGUUGGGAAGAAACAUUGUUUGAGACUGAGCCUUAGCACUAAAGAGAUGAAGAACCUCCAAAGUUCCCUGGACUCAUGAAUUCUGAGCCUUUGGCUGGUUCUGUAGUAGCCAAAGACUCCAGUAGACAGCCUGGGCAGCUUUCCUAUGGUGCUGCUGCUCCAUCCAUCCAGUAAACAACCCUCCCAAGCGCCAUGUCAGUAUCAUGCAAUCUACCAACCAACCAGUGCUGAAGAGAUGGUAGAACCUUGUACCAUACAAUUUUUAAGAGCUUAUAUGGCAGCUUCCUUUUUACCUUGUUUUCUUUGGGGGCAUGAUGUUCUAACCUUUGCUUUAGAAGCACAAGCUGUAAAUCUAAAAGGCACUUUUUUAAAAGGUAUAAAGAAAAACUAGAUGUAAUAAAUAAGAUCAUGGAAGGCUUUAUGUGAAAAAAAAAGUCAGAUGUUAUAGUUAAGAAAAAGAUAUUUAUGUAUGUACAGUUUGCUAAAGCCAAGUUUUGUUUGUAAUGAUUUCUUUGCAUUUAUUAUAGAUCCUGUAAAAUA